AUGGAGCCUAGCGAAAAACUUGAUGAUAUGUCUUUAACAGAUAAGGAUAAAUUUUCUAAAGGGCUAAUGGCUCUUUUGACUCCCGUUAUUGAAGAAAUGGAUUCUAGGAUUGUUGCGGUUAAAUCAAGUCAGUUAGAACUAAAUAAAGAAAUCGAAAGACUAUUAGCUGGUAUAUUACUUCAAUUAUUCGUUGAUGCAACCGAACAACCUUCAAUUCAACCUUCUAUUCAAAAAUUAAUUUCUGCUACAAAGAAACUAGCAACAACAAAUGUAACUUUAAAGACUGUUCAUGAUAGGGUAGAAAAAAUGUAUGCACAACUAGGUAAAGGUAAAGAAACA